AUGAGAGCAGCAGAAAUUUGGCUGGUAUCAUUGUACUGGUAUCUGAUAUUGCAAAUUGCUCUCGUUUACGGGGAAAUUAGCGAUAUCGACGAAUUUAGAGAAAUGACAUCUAAAUACAGGAAAAAAUGUAUCGGUGAGACUAAAACGACAAUUGAGGAUGUCGAAGCUACGGAAUACGGAGAAUUUCCUGAAGAUGAGAAAUUGAAAUGUUACUUCAACUGCGUACUUGAAAAGUUUAAUGUGAUGGAUAAGAAAAAUGGGAAGAUAAGAUAUAAUUUACUGAAAAAAGUAAUUCCAGAAGCAUUUAAAGAAAUAGGUGUAGAGAUGAUUGAUUCUUGCAGCAGUGUCGAUUCAAGUGACAAAUGCGAAAAAUCUUUUAUGUUCAUGAAGUGUAUGUACGAAGUCAAUCCCAUAGCGUUUAUUGCUCCGUGA